AUAUACCGUACUAAUUUAAGGAUUUGAAAUUGAAAAUAAUGUUUCCAUCUGUUUUGAAGUCGUUUCAACCGCCUCACACAAUGCUGUGUAUAAAAUGUAUAGCUCCAAGGUGAAGUUAAACUAUUGAACUAAACUUAUUACAUAUUUACAUUGACUGAUAAAUUGGAUUUGGAAUCAUACCCCUGUCUGCAUGAGUCUAAGAUAAUGUGGAAAUUGAAAAUGUUGUUGAAGACAUUAAAAUAUGAUGCCACUAUUAAUUGCCUUCCCAACUUACCCAAGUUUAUGAGAUCUGAGAAGAAGACAGGGGAAAGGCAAAAGCCAUCAGUAGUCAAUUCCCAUUAAAUGCCAUAACUGCAUUUCCCUUUUUUUACACAAUUUUCUCCGGUCUUCCAUUUAAUGAGCGCCAGAAUGCCCCCAAACUCAUUAAUACCGCCCGUAUUUGUCCAGCCCGAUCCGAAACCUCCACGGGUCACCCCAUUACUGUACGGUCCCCGAUGGUUCAGUCAUUUAAUCUCCUUGUCCCACGUGCCGCCACCCUCUGUUCUAUCCCCGUCGGUUGAAUCUCUCCGGUGAUAGCAGCGCCUCCGGAUCGCCGCUUCUCAGCCGGCUCGACGAGAAAAAUCCCGCCGCAGCGGAUGAUCUGAUGAAGAUUGGGCUAGCGAAUGACUUGGUCCGUCUUGAUGAGCUGCCUCCGCCGCCGGUGGAGCCGGGGAAAAAGCUUAUACUUCUCCGCCGGAAGAAAGGGGACUUCAUUCCCCUGUACUGCCGGAAUGAGAACACUCUAGGCUUCGUCAGAGAGCUGAACGGUGAUGGACGCUUGUUCCAGAAGCUUCCGCUUCCUCCUCUGCGGUAGCGCCAAGGAGAGGCGGUGGUCACUUCCAAAAUUAGCCUCUCCGAUCCUAUGCUCCUUUCGAAUCCGAACGAAUACGACCGUUUCAGAAGGAAAUCGGGGCCGCUGAAACGGUCCUCUGAUUGGUUGUUCCGUCUCGGCGAUGCUUCCUGCGUGAUCUCUGAUUCUGGAGCCACGUCUGACUCUAGCGGAAUUUCCGCUAAGGGCUCCAACAUCGCGCUUUCUAAUAUUAAGUCGUCUAAGCUUGGCCGUAUUCUCGCUGCCAUCAAUGGAGUGAAGGGCGAAUCUGGCCGGAGAAUUCCAGCACGACACAACGGACAAUUCGCGUGAGAACGGAGCCAUAUAUCGAUACAGUCCACGUGAAACGCGUGCGAGCACACCGGAAGCGUGCGGACGUAGUCGUCCUCUUCGAAUUCAAUCAAACAAACAGCGCAGUCGUGAACGGAGCGUUUCCGGCUAUAAAUGGAGAGAGGAAUAGUUUUGAUAACGGAUUCGUCGAGUCCAUACGGAGAGAACAACUGGAAUCCGUCUGUAUGAUCAAAGGAGUACGGAAUAGACUCAAUAUCGCCGGCCGAAGACGACGGCACGUAUGACCUUCUCCUUCGGCGCCACCGGCGGUAGCGACGGUGUAAGUGAAUGAGGUGGCGCGAAAUUAGUCUCGAGUAAGUGAUUAGAACAAAAGCAGCGGCGAUGACAACCACCAUUGCGAUCAGCGGUGGACUGAAAUCGACGCGUAAUCUCGUCGGCUGCGGUGAGCUCGUAACCGAAGAUGGCGUCUUCGGCGAAGAGAAGGGGCGAUGAGGCGAAUUGGCGGAGUGUGACGGUGCAUGGCGAGAGAUGUUCCGAUGGUGGGAAGGCGUAAUAAUGGGAGCUGUGUGGUUGACCAUGGUGAUGGUGAGGAAUUUGUUAUGGCGGGCGGUGGAAGUGUUUGGAGGGGUUUAAUGCGAAAAAUUGAAACAGAGGAGUGGAGUGCGUGCGUUUCUGCGCUGAGUUGACUCGCGAGUCAGGAUUGGAGAGAAAGGAGGAAUAUAGUAGCGCUUCAUCGCGCCGUCUGUUACCAUUUUGCCUGCGAACUUUAUGAGGUCACACGUCAACGUUUCUGAUUUUCAUGCAGUGGGGGGCGGGGGUAUUCAAUAUUCACUGUUGAAGUAUCGAACUCAUUAACUCAAUAUUAUAAAUUGCUUGAGUUUUUUUUCUUCAAAUUAAUGCCAAUUAAUUAAUUAAUUACAAAAAUAAUGUUGGGUUAAAAGUAUUUUACCGAUAAGUAAUUGUCCUAUAUAAGACUAAAACUAAACAUAAUUGCCUAAAUAGGACUACAAGUUUUCGAUUCCAUAAAUGUGACUCCGGAUUAGCAUUAUGUCCUCCUAUAUAAUAACAUCAAAAACCUAGUUUUCUAACGGCCUUUUGGACCAGAUAUUACUAAAAAUAAGAUAAAAGACAACAAAGUGACAUGUUUCUGAAAAUUCCAAAAAUGUGACUAACACCACAAUUAACCCCUGCAGUGCAAAGUGACUCUGAUCAAAGUGACUCUGACCAAAGUGACUCUGAUCAAAGUGACUCUGACCAAAGUGACUUCGUCACCACAGUGAUUGCCCGAACGGCCACAGUGACUGCCUGAACGGCCACAGUGACUGCCCCACCGAGCAAGUGACCGCCCUACCGUUCACAGUGACUGUCCACCGGCCAAAGUGACUCUGACACGAUGACUCAGACAUAGUGACUGCCGCCAACACCGCCUCAGUCACUGUCCCACACACAGCGAACCUCUUAGCCCACAGUCCACAACGCACCCCAAUCACACUAGCAAACCCAACACCUCCCCUGUUGCUACCAAUCGCCGGCAACCAGCAACAACCGCCCCACCAUCCAAGUUAGGAAGCCUAGCCGUCAAAUCUAACCGUCGGGAUCUGGAAUCUAUCAGAUCUGGGAAGGUGCUGCCCCCGCCACCAGCCGCCGCCAUUCCAGUGACCACCCAUGCCACCCCCUCUGCCAUCCGCCGCCACUCCACGGCCAGCCCCCCUGCCCCCCCGUCCCACUAGCCCAACCUGGAACUAGCUCCCUCGCCGUGUACAGUGGCUGCCACACCCCCUUCGACUGCCACCACUACCCCAACUUCCCCCACCCUAACCUUCUUCCCUGGCCACCCGCCAUCCCCAACUCCUUCCCCCAUCGCUGCCCCCAUCAACGCUCAAACUCUUGCCCCACCCUUCAACUUUAACAUUAGAAAAUGAGAUCUGCCAUCGAUUUGAGGAGAAGGACGGUGAACUGUCGGGUAGAAGAAGUGGAGAAGAAAACAAUGAAAGCGGCGAGAUAUGCAUAAUCUACGGUGAAGAGGAUCGGCGGUGAUGCUAAUGGUCUCAGCGGUUACAGGGCGGCGACGCCAUGGCUUGGGCGGGAGAGGCGAUGCCAUGUCUUGGAAGGCAGCAGAGAUUCCAUGGCUAGGGCGGUGGUGAUUCCAUGGCAUUCCAUGGCUAGGUCGGCGAUUCCAUGGCUAGGUUUGGGACUCCCUGGUUUGGGAAGCGACGAAGCAGACGGAAGGAUGUUGAUGAGAAGCAAAUUGAAGGGUUACUUUUUUGUCUAAUCCUAUACUGGUCAUAUUUUUGGAAAAUAGAAGUCUAAUAGUCUUAUUUGGGCCAUUAUUUCUUUUCUAAUUCAUCUCUUCACGCUUGCGCCUCAUGAGACCUGCGGCACUACUCUAUGCGCAACUCACCUCUUCGCCGACGACAAGGGCUGUCGGCGCCAUGGAGUUCGCCGCUGAUCAGGGACGGAACUGUCGGAGGCAAGGGGGGCCGGUGCCCCUGCUUCGGCCGCCGGAGAUAUGGGGGUAUGGGGGGCCGCCGGUGGUCUGCGUUGAGAUUUCCGGCGAACUGCCAGGGCUGGAACCGUUCUAUGUUGUGACUGAGCGAGGAAGAAGGACUUUUUUAAUUUAACAAAACUACGUCAUUUUGUAUUGGGUUGGGAAUAAAAAGAUUGGGUCAAUCGGGCUUGGCCCAGCCACCUGCAGCCCAUAACUAAAACGUUUUUGCCUAAUUCUUAAACUAAUCGUCAAAGCAGGGGAGAGGAACACGAGGUGCAAGCGAGCCGACGGCAGACCAACUGACCAAGCGACAAGCGAGUGAAGCAGAUGACCAGCUCUCCAACCUGCAGCCAUUGCCGGCGCCGUCCCCACCGGUCAUAGCCUCACAGGCGACGGCGACGGUAUGUUCCGCUUCCGACUUCCUAUUUCUUCUCUUUGAAAUUAAAUAAAAUUUGGUAUUUGAGUAUUUGACUAUUGAUUUUUUUUAAAUCAUAGUUAUGAUUUGAAAAAGAUGUUAUAUGUAGUCACAAUGUAGUGUAAUUGUGUAAAAUAGAUUGAAUUAAAUAUAAUGAUUAUGUGUUAUUAUAAUUUUUUGUGUGAAUGUAUUGUUUCAUUUGUUUGUAUUAAUGAAGUAUUUAUAAUAGAUUAAUAGUUCGACUUGAAAUCUUGAAUUAACUAUUUGUUGUUUCAAUAUUUGUCAUUAGGGGAUGUCAAUUGAGAAGUAUUUUCCCCGGGAAAAACAUCAAUAAGUUUCGAUGCUAGUUCUUCAAAAUUUUUUUACAAGCCACACCUCUAGAAACGGAUGGUAGGAUCGGUAGCGAGAUCGAGAGUAGGAUUAGACAAUCUACUAUUGAUGGAAAUGGGGUGACAGAUAAUGAUCAGAGAGAAAAAAGAACUACAUUAGAUAAUGAGCUUGAGAAUGAAGUAAUUGGUGAUCCGAGUUUAAGAAAAUCAAUAAAUGAUUAUGAACCAUCAAUUAGGGAUGCCAUAAGAAGAGAAUAUGUUGUAAAAGGUGUUUGCCAACCACAUUUACAUGAUUUCCCACGAUCUGUGUUUGGAAACAAAUCUAGGUCAUUUCAAAGGGAAUGGUAUACAAAAUGAGAAUUGUUGGAAUAUAGUGUGUCUGAAGAUGCUGCAUUUUGCUUUUGGUGUUAUUUGUUUAAAGGAGAUGAAAUGAAAAGAUUUGGUGAUGAAGUGUUUGUCAAAAAGGGUUUCCGUAAUUGGAAGAAAGGCCCUGAAAAAUUUAGAGAACAUGUCAAAAGCAUUGGGCACAAUGAUGCUAGAACUUCAUUUUUAGCUUUUAAGGAUCAAAGGCAGAGUUUGACAAGUUGUGUUGCCGUUGGUAAACACAAAUUAGAGGCCACUUAUCGUGUUCGCCUCACGACAAUUUUGGAUAUUGUUCGAUUUCUUCUUGUGCAGGGACUAGCUUUUCGAGGGCAUGAUGAACAUGAUUACUCAGCCAAUAAAGGUUAUUUUUUAGAACUUCUUGAUUGGUAUAGUGCAAGGAAUGAUGAGGUUGCGAAGGUUGUGAAGGACAAUGCACCGAGCAAUCAUCAACUCACCAGUCCAGUAAUUCAAAAAGAACUUAUUAACGCAUGUGCCUCUGAAACUAGAAAAGAGUUAAUAGGUGAGAUUGGGGAAAAAUAUUUUUCUCUAUUAGUUGACGAGGCUCGUGAUUCAUCUAUAAAAGAGCAGAUGGCUGUUGUUGUUAAGUUUGUUAAUGAUAAUGGGACAGUGAUAGAACGUUUUCUUGGUCUUAUUCAUGUUGUUGAUACUACUGCUCUUUCUUUGAAAAGUGCCGUAGAUGAUUUCUUUUCGAAACAUGGUUUGUCGAUUUCUAAAUUACGUGGUCAAGGAUAUGAUGGAGCAUCGAAUAUGCGUGGUGAGCUCAAUGGUCUGAAAACUCUAAUUUUGAAUGAAAACCCAUGUGCUAGAUACAUACAUUAUUUUGCUCAUCAAUUGCAAUUGACUAUUGUCUCAAUUUCGAUGGUUAAUCAUUUUUUGAGUGAUUUCUUUGAAUUUUUGAGUAUGAUUACUAACAUGGUUGGAGCUUCUUGCAAAAGAAAAGACGAGUUCAGACAGAUACAAGAGGAAAAGUUAGUGGAAAUGUUAGAGAAGGGAGAAAUAGAAACUGGAAGAGGUUUGAACCAAGAAUGCUCCUUAGCUCAGCCAGGAGCUACACGAUGGGGUUCUCAUUAUACUACCAUCCUUCGAUUGCUAUUACUAUGGUCUCCCACUCUUGAAGUGCUAGGUAAGAUAUAUGACGAUGGUGCUGAUUUUAAAAGUAGAGGACUGGCGGGAAGCUUAAUUGAGAAGAUGGAGAGUUAUUAUUUUGUUUUUGUUGCCCAUGCAUGUGAUGAAAAAAAUGUUAAGCUUGACAUAUGUUUUGUCUAAGUUUUUGCAAUAAAAAAAUCAGAAUAUUCUUGAGGCUGUGAAUUUAGUUCAAACUACAAAAGAAAAGCUGCAAGAUUUGAGGGAAACCGGAUGAGAAAGUCUUGUUAAUGAUGUGAACAAGUUUUGUGAAAAACAUGGUAUCACAAUUAUUAAUUUGGAUGAUCCUACUACACACAUUCAUUCAAGGCGUGUUGGAGGUGAUAAAACUAAUUAUCACUAUCUUCGGUAUGAGGUUUUAUAUGAGGUAAAAGUAAAUACUUUAUUGUGUUUCUUAUGUAAAAUUUUAGUUCAUAAUUGAUUAGUUUUUUUUUACUUUAAUUUGUUAGGUCAUCGACAAAAUUCAAAUGGAGAUGGACAAUCAUUUCAGUGAGACUCGGACAAAAUUACAUAAGUGUGUAGCAUGUCUUGAUCCCAAGAACAAUUUCUCCAAUUUUUGUGAGGCAAAGUUAAUUGAGCUUGCAUCAUUAUAUCCAAAUGAUUUCACAAAUCUAGAUCGCAUGGAACUUGAAGAACAACUUCAAAUUUGGAUCUUUGAAAUGAGAGGGAAUGCAAGAUUUUCCAAUUUGCAGAAUAUUGGAGAGCUAUCUCAGAAGAUGGUUGAAGUUGGAAUUCAUACUGUUUUCCACCUAGUUUACCGUCUGAUUGUUUUGGCACUAGUUUUGCCUGUUGCCACAACUACAGCGGAAAGCCUAGUUAGCUUUUUUCCAUUUUAAACGCGUACCGUUUUUUUGAACAAAAAAACACAUUUAAAACGAAAAAUAAUGUCGGUCCGUUUAAAAAGGAAAAAAACUCCUACUUCCCGAAUAAAACGUAUUUUUCCCGUAUUUUACUAAAAAUAGAAACAUGAAUUGAUCAAUUGAAUAAACACAUUAAAUGCAUAUGAGAUCAACAAUAGUGUAAAACCAAAAAUUAAUAAAUACAAUACAAUUAUUAAAUACAAAAAUUAAUUGCAUGACGGCUUAAGCUUGCAUCCCUUAAUUUACAAAAAAUAAAAACAUGAACUGAUGAAUUGAAUGAACACAUUAAAUCAAUAUAUAGGGGAUCAACAAUAAUUUAAAAGAAAAAAAGAUAAGCUCUUCCAUGUGACCUCAUGUUUUUGUAUUGCUAAAAUACAAUUAUUAAAUACUAAAAUGAAUUGCAUGGAAGCUAAAGCUAACAUUCUUAAAGACUAAAACUUAAAAUACUACAGAGUAUUAGAUUUUUUAUGUUUUUCCAAAUAAGCAUGUCAAAAUUAAAGUUAUUCUAAAUCUGACAUUUUUUUAGUAUAAACUUUUACACAUAAAUAAUAAGAAGCGUGCGUAGCAGUCACAUAUGUCAUCCGUCAUCUUGAUGAAAAUGAUGAAUUUAAAUUGAGUGUUAUUUGAUGAUAAUAUAAAGAUAAACAUUUUAACUUAGGCUUAAUCUAUAUUUUAUGUCUUAUUUGUUGACAUUUGUUUACAAAAUCAUGUCUUGGACUUAAUUACUAUUUUUAUUUUUAUCAUCGACUUAUGCAAUUAAGAAUUAUUCUUUUAUGUAGUAAUGCGAUUUGCAACUUGAAUAUGUGUAAACUUUUAUUUCUUUUUACUAUAUAUGUUAUUUUGUGAAGUAUAUAAUUUAAAUGUUCAAAAUAGUACCCGUAUUUUUUGUCCGAAUUUUUGUAACAGAUACCGUAUUAUACACGUAUACGUAUUAACACAUUUUUUAAAAGUCAACGCUUUUUUGAACGUAUUUUGACCGUUUUUUCAUUAAUGUUACCGAAUAAAACGCGUGCGUAUUAAACCUCGUUUAAUUCCCGUACCGUAUUUAACUAACUAUGGUGGAAAGAGCCUUCUCAGCGAUAAAGAUUGUCAAAACUGCUUUACGUAAUAAAAUGGGAGAUGAUUAUCUUACUGAUUGUGUAGUCUGCUUCAUAGAAAGAGAUGUGUUUAGACGCAUCGAUAAUGAGGUUAUUAUCCAACAUUUUCAGAACAUGAGGACUCAUAGGUUGGAUUUAGCACCAUUACGUUAACCUUUUUGAUUAAAUUUGGUAUGUUUUGUUAGGGUAAUUUGUUAAGACAAUUUUAUUAUUAAUGUGAUGAUUUACAUAAAGUGAUUGUGCUCCUGCUUAAUUUAUUCUCUAGUUCCGCCACUGCCGCUGAUUCUACACCCCCUGUUGCUCCUCCUGCUUCCACCAUCGUCGGCUCCAGCGGCCAUCGUCUGGUGAUUACUAAAGAGGCGGUGGCACUACGGCAGUAGCAGCGGUGCCACUACGGCAAUAGCGGCGACGGCAGCUAGAGCGGCGACAAAGUCUGGAGAGGCGGCGGUGUCUGGUGCGGUGGCGGCGAUAGGGACUGUGGCGGCAGGCUAUGCCCAGUGUGGUGGAAGCGAGAAGAGAAACUAAGAACGCACAACACCCCCAAAUCCCCCAAAGUUGCAGCGACGAAGGACGAACGACGAGCGGACGAGAGCCACUCCAACUCCGGCGAACCUCCAUCUCCGGCGAAGCCACCUUGCCAAGGACUCUCCACCUCCAUCUUCUUCAAUACAUCUUCUUUAAAUGUACUCCCUCCGUCCCAAAAUGAACUUCACAGUCACUAUUCACAUGGUCAACUUAAAUUACUCUUAAUCUUAUGUUUUAUAUAUCAAAUUUUUAUAAAAUUUAUAUUUUUUUAUCAGCCUUUGUAGUGGUUUUAAUGUAGUUUCUCGAUAUGUAAAUUUUAUUUACUAAAAGUAAUCUGAGUAUGAACAGGGAUCGAGUUGCUUUAUCGUCGGUCAAGCAUCGUAAU